AUGUUCAGCGAGAUAUUCCACUUGGAUGAGACCACCACCGAGGCCGAACUGCUGGACCUGAUUUCCAGCCUUAACGCCGACCCCAGGUUCCACGGCAUCCUGGUGCAACUGCCCCUGCCGCCCCAGAUUGAGGAGACGGUCAUCAUCGAGGCCCUGGACCCAAUCAAGGAUGUGGACGGCCUCCAUCCCUUCAACGUGGGCAAGUUGCUGCAGGGCGUCCCCGACUUCAUACCUGCCACCCCCGCCGGCAUCCAGCAGAUACUCCUGCGGAACGGCUACGAUCCGGCCGGCAAGCACGUGGUGGUGUGCGGUCGGAGCAAUAUUGUAGGCAAGCCUCUUGCCACCCUGCUGUUGCAGCGGCGGGCGGGAUCCAACGCCACCGUGACCGUGACCCAUACCCGCACCGCCAACCUGGCCGAGAUUACUCGGCAGGCCGACAUCCUGGUAGCGGCCAUCGGCCAACCCCGGGCCAUCACCGCCGAUAUGGUGAAGGACGGGGUGGUGGUGAUUGACGUAGGGGUUAAUCGGGUUGACGAUUCAACCCGCCGGCGCGGCUACCGGCUGGAGGGCGAUGUGGAGUUUGAGGCGGUGUCGGCCAAGGCCGAGGCAAUCACGCCGGUGCCCGGCGGCGUGGGGCCCAUGACCAUUGCGAUGCUGCUGGUCAACACCCUGACUGCUGCCCGGCUAAGCAUUCACGGACGAUAG